GUUUUGACAGAUAAGCGACAGGGUGAUUCCAACUUCCCUGUUUUUGGAUUUCAGCUGAUUACACGAAAGGAUGAGAACGGAGGUAAAUGUGGGAAGAGGACAGUAUUUGGUCAACCACUAGAUGACAGCAGCAAUGCACUUUCUUUUGCUCAGAUCAGACUUGGAAGGAGGACACCAUGGGCAUCAGACAGGAACUGCAGCGCCGUCAGUUCUGGUGUAGCCUAUUGGCAGAAGGCACAGGCACCCUUAUCUUUGUCUGGAUAGUGCUGGGUGCCUCAUCCCCUGCAGGUCCUAAAGAUGUGCUGCCUACUUCGCUCCAGCCAGCCCUUGCUGCAGGGCUGGUAGCUAUCAGUUUGGCACACUGCUUUGGUAAGAUCAGUGGUGCCCAAGUCAACCCUGCACUCACUAUGGCUUUCCUGUGCACUCGUAAACUGGAUGCUCUGCAUGCCUCAAGCUAUAUUCUAGCCCAGUGUCUGGGUGCCAUCUUAGCAUCAGGCGUUUUUUAUCUCAUGUUGCCCAGCUCAGCCAUUGGGCAAUUGGUCACAAAGGUCAACACUGAGGGGAAUGCAGGACAGGCUCUGGGGAUGGAGCUGUUUUCCACUUUCCAGCUGGCUCUCACCAUUUUCGCUGUAGAAGAUCACCGGAGGCAUGAACGAGGGGAGCCUGCUGGGACCUUGGCUAUUGGUUUCUCUGUGAUAGCAGGAGCUCUAGCUGCGGGUACCUUCUCUGGAGGCAGUAUGAAUCCAGCCCGAUCUUUGGGUCCAGCUGUCAUCACAGGAUUCUGGGAACAUCACUGGGUGUAUUGGCUCGGCCCUAUUCUGGGUGCCGUUCUGGCUGGAGUAUCUUAUGAAUUCUUCUUUGCUGACAGUGCUUCCCAGGAAAAGCUUGUGGCCUGCCUGACGUGUCGUGACAUUGAGAUUGUGGAGGCUGCCAGCGUGUCUCGGUCUUCACUCUCAGCUGUUGCUCAGGCUAAAUCACCUGACAAAGAAGAACAUGGCACUGAGUAGGAAGCUACAGCAAUUCCCCAUCUCUUCGUCUUCUUAUAAAGCCUCUUUUCAGCUUCCAGCUUCCUUCCAUCUUAAGCAGCUUCCUAUGUAUUUAUAUUUGUACUGACAUUAUGUGUUUUUUGAGAUUGGUGCUCUUAAAGCAGUGCUGCCAUCAUGACUCUACCAGAAUUCUGAUUCUGUUCACAGUUUACAACAAAAAUAGAGUCAAAUAGAGUAAUUCAAGGAAGGAUAGAAGCCAGGAUUCCUAGAUUCUCAUAGUUUUUAGAUAAGACCUAGUACAUGAUGGUCAUCAGCUUCAUUAUACUUGGUGACUCCUCCUUUGCCACCAUCAGUCUCUGAUUUGAGAUACACCUAAUUUAAAACCCAUGUAAAUGGAAAGCUAAUGAAAACCCCACAUAGAUCUCACAUAGAUUUUAGAAACUAAAAAUGGUUGCAGGUUAAGAGCCCAGUGCUUUGUUUGGAAGUAUGUCUGCCUGCCAGAAAAGAGAUAUAAGUAAGGUAUGGUGGCAGGGUCUCCCGAUUUGGGAAGGCCUAGCAAGAGUCCUACUGUCCAGUAGUUGAGUAUUUUGUCUUUGAUCAUUCCUGUGAUGGCACAGGUUUUAUGGGGGUACUCAUGACAUGUUCUAGAAAUUCCAGAUGGGCCCUUGGCCCCAAACGUUUGCUGAUCUAGUGAGAUAGAUCUAAAAAAAACUAAGAAAAAAUGGUUGUUCCAGUUUCUGUUCUAAGGACAGAUAUAAUAAUCUGCAAGAUAGAUUGGAACAAGGCCUCCUGCCUUCUGUUCCAAACUCUACUUGUAAUUUUAUUGCAUGAUCUUAGACAAAAGCUUUUCCCCACAUUUGUGUCUCAUUUGUAUUAUAACACCGUAUGAUACUAUACUGUGUACUGAUAUAUCUAUGGGCAAUCAAAAGUUAAUUGUUAAGAAUUUCUAAUUUCCGAUUGGUUGACAACCAGCCACAAUAUUACUCCUUUACUUCAGUCCUAGAGGAGAUCAACCCUGACUCCUCUUUAGAAGGUCAGAUCCUGAAGUUGAAACUCAAGUACUUUGGCCACCUAAUGAGAAGGAAGGACUCACUGGAGAAGAG